AUGUUUCGAAAACCAGACGAUGACGACUACCUUAAAUCUCGCAAAGUCGUCAAAGCAAAACCAUUCUCAGCAAAGUGCUCCCAGAAGUUAUCCAUGACAGGAAAGGAUUUUGUAUCAAGCGGCUGUGAAGGUGGAGGUGCUUAUACAAGAGAAACAACGGAGACGCAGGCAGGUUCAAGCGGAGCAAUAUCAGACGAUGAAAGAAAUAAGAUUUAUGCGAAAAUCUUGAAGGCUGAAAUGAAAGGUGACAUG